CAAUUUCGUGGUACCAAGAUUAAGAUUGAGCUUUGGUAGGAGAAACAUUUGCCUAAUUCUGUGCCUAGGACACGAUAACAAAAAGAACCAAUUAAUGUUUUGGCGGGCCCAUUUUGAUGUGUAUUCACGAAUCUUACGACACCAUGUGUAUAAAUAAAGAUACUGAAGUAAUCUCCUUCCGCCAUAUUUCAGACAUACUCAUUCACAUUCAUAUUCAUAUUCAUAUUCGUAUUCAUAUUACUCAUAAUCAAAUUUAUAUUCAUAUUACCCAUAUCUGAUCAGUCCGCCAUAUUCAAAUUCAUAUUCAUAUUACCCAUAUCUGAUCAAUCAGCCAUGGUAGAUCACUUGGGGGAGAGAAUUGAGGUCUUGCUACAGGCUGGUCAGGUUGAGAGCAGUGACCAGACAGGGGUGGACAAUGCAUGGAGGCUCAAAUUCAACAGGGUUCCAAGGCCUAGAAUGGAUGAUAGGCCCCAGAGAAAAAUCCAUGAUUGCUUUGCUGUAGUACUCGGUUCUGGUGAUGGAGUGGCUGAAUAUUAUCAGCAGCAAGAGGAGAUGCUUUAUGGUUUUACAGAAAUGGAUACUAUUGCUGAUUGUGGAAAUCUGCCUGGCAUGUCCAAGGAAGAUCGUGAGAAGGUUGCAAAAAGUGAGAGGACUGCAAUUCUACUGUCCAACUUGGCAAAUGUUGUACUUUUUGCUGCAAAGAUAUAUGCAUCAAUAAGGAGUGGUUCAUUAGCCAUAAUUGCUUCAACCUUAGACUCACUCUUGGAUCUUCUAUCAGGAUUUAUUCUCUGGUUUACAGCAUAUAAGAUGCAGAAGCCAAAUCCUUAUCUCUAUCCGAUUGGGAAAAAGCGCAUGCAACCAUUGGGAAUUCUGGUUUUUGCUUCAGUGAUGGCUACAUUGGGACUGCAGAUUGUGCUAGAAUCUGUUCGACAACUUGUUUCAAUGAAGCGAGGUUUGUUGUUAGAAGGGGAUAGGUGGCACUGGGUUGUUGGAAUUAUGGUUUCAGUCACCAUUGUGAAGUUGCUCCUUGUCAUCUAUUGCCGGACAUUUACAAAUGAGAUUGUAAAGGCAUAUGCCCAAGAUCAUUUCUUCGAUGUCAUCACCAAUUCAAUUGGUCUCCUUGCUGCAGUUCUUGCAAGUAGAUUUUACUGGUGGAUAGAUCCAGCUGGGGCAAUAGUGUUAGCGCUCUAUACAAUCAGGACAUGGUCGAGCACAGUUCUAGAGAAUGUGAAUUCUUUGGUGGGGAAAACAGCCUCACCUGAUUAUUUGCAGAAAUUGACAUAUCUCUGUUGGAAUCAUCACAAAGCCAUCCGGCAUAUUGAUACAGUCAGAGCUUACACAUUUGGUUCCCAUUACUUUGUUGAAGUUGACAUUGUGCUACCUAGUGAUAUGCCCUUGCAACAGGCUCAUGACAUUGGAGAAGCGCUUCAAGAAAAAUUGGAGUCUCUUCCUGACAUAGAACGGGCUUUUGUGCAUUUAGACUAUGAAUACACUCACAGACCUGAGCAUGGGAACGGACAUUCCUAGUUGUUUAUGAUAGGUUGUAUACUUUAACUAACAUUCCCAGUGUUUUUAACCUUUUUUGUAAACCUAUUAUUGCCAACCAAUAUCCCUCUUCCAACAUGAUAUGUAGCCACUAUCAAUGCUUAGUAAUUUGUAGCUCCCGAUAUAUUUUUAGUUGCAGAGUUUUUGUUUCAUAGUAUUUGCACAAUUGACAAAAAUCUUUGAAGAACUCGUGCUGUAGUUUAUUAGCAACUUGUUCUACGUAAACAUGAUAAGGGCACAAGCUUCAAAUUAUGUCCUUGCUUGGAAAUCUUGAAUGCUGAUUUUCUUAAAUACA